CAAAACAGUUAAUUUCAAUGAUAGUGCCAGAAGUGUGUCGUGCUUUAAUCGAGGCCCUACGGAAUUACGUUAAGAUGCCAUCAACGGCUAAUGAGUGGGAGGUUAUAGCAAAGCAAUAUGAAGAAAUGUGGAAUUUUCCACAUUGCAUUGGCGCUAUGGAUGGAAAACAUGUCGUACCGCAAUGUCCCAUAAACAGUGGAAGUGAUUACUUUGAUUAUAAAUCGUUUUUUAGCAUUGUAUUAUUUGCUCUUGUUGACGCGGAUUAUAAUUUUUUGUUUGUGGAUGUGGGGUGCCAGGGAAGAAUUUCUGACGGAGGUGUUUUCAAACAUAGCAAACUCCAUAAAAUGAUGGAAACAGGAAGAUUAUCAUUGCCGGCCGACGGGCCAUUAGAAGGACGAAAUAGAUUGAUGCCCUACGUAAUUGUAGGUGACGAAGCUUUUCCGUUAACAACAAAUAUUAUGAAACCUUACGCCGGCAUGCACAGCAAGGGUUCACCAGAAAGAAUUUUCAAUUAUCGACUUAGUAGAGCACGAAGAGUCGUUGAAAAUGUUUUCGGGAUUGCGUCUUCAGUUUUCCGAGUGUUAAGAAAACCAAUUUUAGCAGUUGUGUAUCUGCAUAACUUUUUACGAAAAUCGCCAUUGUCAAGAAAUCUUUAUAGUCCACCUGGAACAUUCGAUUCUGAUGACACAACAGGAAAUUUUGUCCCUGGUACCUGGAGAACAACGUUAAACGAACAAACUACAUCUCUAUUAUCUCUCAGGAAUCUUCCCCGUAGAUCAGCAGAAAAUACAAAGGCAGUUCGACACGAAUUUAUUUUUCUACUACUGGAUGUCUACCUUGGCAAAACAACUACGCUUAAGUUGAAUUCAUUUUUCACUAUACUUACCAGAGUUUCAGUGUCGACAGUGGGCCGACUUUCAUCUUUGUCAAGUAAAAACAUUGUCUGGAAAGCAAACCAUUUCGACACAUAUACUUCCUGGCGUCCUGCAAAUGAAGUCAUUAAGAUAUUUUAA